GAACGCGCACUUCUUGCUGCAGCUGCGCGAUGGCACGGAGAUCGACAACCCGGAUCAGCGAAUUCAGGAAGAUGUUGAGCACUUCACGGCGCAGACGGUCGAGCUCAUCUGGGACGCAGUGGAUCACGCGAACUAUUGCAUCGUCUUUGGCUUCGUGAUUUUCGUCUUGACGCCUCCGACGUCGCCCUUCACACUGGGAGCGCACGUCCCUGGGUGGUUUCUGCUUUUUUUGACUUGCUGGUCACUGUUCGGCCUGGCCUGCGCGCACUACCUGGGAAAGCAGAUGCUGCCGCUGAGCAUUCAGGGUGAGACUUGCGAAGCAAGGGUGCGGAGAGAUCUGACCCACUGCAGCGAGCACGCCGAAAGCAUUUCGGUGUAUGGGUCUGGCGGACUGGAGCACAGAAGGAUCAUGUCAUCAUUCGGACAGCUGAAGCUCGUUCUGCACAACCACAUGCAGUUGCAAAAGCGCGUGGACAUCCUCAAGGCCAUGUUAGACUACGCUCAGUGGAUGCUUCCCAACUUCGUCUUGCUCCCUUGUCUCUUCCGGCAGCAGAUCGAUUUCGGAACCUUCAUGCAGAUCUCAGGAGCCUCGUUUCAUGUCAUGAGCUGCCUCGGCUGGUUCGUGGAGUCCUACAGUCGCAUCUGCCACUGGCGCGCAUCCCUGAAUCGAAUCCUGGAGCUGGAAGAUGGCAUUGCUUCCGUCUGCCCGGGCCGCGAAGCGUCCUCAAAGGAUGCUCAGAGGAAGGCAGCGGCGCCCGCUUGCAGCAAUCCAUCCGCCGAUGCCUUCUCCGCGCACGUGGCAGAGGUCCGGUUGCCGGACGGCGAGAUCUUGUGGCGCGAUGUGAGCUUGAAUGUGCCUGCUGGCCAGCACGUGCUGAUAUUUGGAGAGGAGGGCUGCGGCAAGAGCGUGCUGUUCAAGGUGUUUGCAGGAGUUUGGCCCCACGUCCAGAUGUGCGGCUUGGAGAUGCCCGAUGAAGAGGAGGUCCUCUUCAUACCCCAGCAUCCCGUGCUGCCCAGGCGCUGCACCCUGCGUGCCGCAGUCUGCUAUCCGCAGCCCGAAGGCGCCUACGAUGACCCAGCCAUCCUGGCAGCCCUCGGGCAGGUUUCGCUCCAACGGCUGCUGGAUGCAGAGAAGUUGUCGGAGAGCCUGGAAGCAGAGGAGGAGGCUGACGAGGGCGCGGGCGAGGGCGGCGAGGGCGAGGGCGAGGGCGAGGGCGAGGGCGACGAGGAGGAGGAGGAGGAGGAGGAGGAGGAGGAGGAGGAGGAGGAGGAGGAGGAGGAGGAGGAGGAGGAGGAAGAGCUGCCCCAGGGCGAAGGCUUGGAUCGUGAAGACAACUGGAUGCUUCGCACCAACCCAGGCAUGCGGCAGCGCCUGGCCCUGGCACAUGCCCUGCUCCAGAAGCCGAAGAUGCUCUUCUUAGAUGAGUCCACCAGCAACAUGAGCAACCUGGCAGCCCAGUGGAUGUACGAGACUCUGACCCAGUCGCUCACAGGCGCAACCAUCUUUAGCAUCUCCCACGACGUCGAGACCUUGGCCGACUUCCACCACAUCCACUACUGCGCACAAGGCGGCGACUCGAAUGUCCUGGUGCUGGCGAAGCAUGCGGAGGAAACUCGCCCGCCUGAGUUGUUGGACUUCGCGCUGGUCUAUCGAGAUGGCUACUGGUGCGAAGUUCUCCUUUGCGCGCAGGUCCACAGCUCUCCAGUCUGGGUGUGCUGUGGUGCGGGUGCCACCCAAUCAUUUCGCUGGCUGCUGGUGGACUUCCAGUCCGACGUGUUCUUGAACGUUGAGGGCCGCGACCAGGACUGCAGGGUGGGCACCUGA